UUUCUGUGAUUUUUUCCCUUCCACAUUUACCCUUUACUUAUUCUCCUCCGCUUGCUCCCCGCUCCACUUCCCCCUCCGGGAACGCUCCCCUCGCCAUCUCCUUCGUCGCAGGCCGCUCUGUGGUUCCCCUCCUGGAGUUCUCGACCUACUGGUAUUCCCGUCCGCAGCGUGCGAGCUCUGAGAAGAUGCAAAACCCUAGUUUUGGAUCCGAGGAACACCUUCGGGUGCGAAAAUUAGAAAUGGGUGACAAGGGCAAGGGCUUUAUCGAACUGUUAAGGCAAUUAACCGUGUGUGGAGCUGUGUCGGACGAAGAAUACAAGGAAAGGUUUGAAGAACUGGCAAAAUAUGGGGAUGACCAUGUAAUAUGCGUGAUCGAAGACAUGGUUUCUGGGAAAAUUGUUUCCACUGGGAGUGUUUUUGUGGAGAGGAAGUUCAUCAGAAACUGUGGGAAGGUUGGUCACAUUGAGGAUGUGGUAGUUGAUUCGGGUGCCCGUGGGAUGCAGUUAGGGAAGAGGGUCGUUGAGUUCUUGACCGACCAUGCCCGUUCGUUGGGGUGUUACAAGGUGAUUCUUGAUUGCAGCGAGGAGAAUAAGGCAUUCUAUGAGAAAUGUGGGUUCAAGAAGAAGGAGGUUCAGAUGGUCAAGUAUUUCAUGUCAUGAUUGAUACUCAAUCAGGGGUCAUGGGGUGGAAGAGAUGGAGCUGUUACUCAAGGAUGAUAUGGUAUGGUACACAUUCCCUGAGGACCUCCAAAAUUUAGAUACAGAACAGGGUUUAG